CGUGGCGCUAGUGGGCUGUAGAACAGUUUGUAUUCCAGUCAGAAAGGAAGAAGAAAAAAAACUCCUGUUCCUCGAAUUUUCCGUGAAAAUCUCGUGUAAACCAUGGCAGAACUCCUGAUAGAUCCUCACAUAAGAGGUUGGGUGUUCCUGCCGAUUGUUGUGAUUACGUUUCUCGUGGGAAUCAUUCGUCACUACGUGUCCAUGCUGAUUUCCUCGCAGAAGAAGGUUGAGUUGACGCAGAUCCAGGACAGCCAAGCCAUGAUACGGGCGCGCCUUCUGCGUGAGAACGGAAAGUACCUCACGAGCCAGGCCUUCGCCAUGCGGAGGCACUACUUCAACAAUGAGGAGACAGGGUACUUCAAGACGCAAAAGAGGCCACCUGUGAGCCCCAAUUCCACUGCAAUGCUGUCGGAUCUGGUGAAGGGGAACUUCAUAAAUGUCCUGCCGAUGGUGGUGAUUGGUGGAUGGAUUAAUUGGAUGUUCUCCGGCUUCGUGACGACAAAAGUGCCCUUCCCACUGACUCUGCGCUUCAAGCCGAUGCUCCAGCGGGGCGUUGAGUUGGCCUCCCUCGAUGCCGCGUGGGUCUCCUCGGCCUCCUGGUACUUUCUCAAUGUGUUCGGCUUGCGGAGUAUCUACACACUAGUGCUGGGAGAGAAUAACGCGGCUGACCAGACACAGGCGAUGCAGGAUCAGAUGUCCGGGGCAGCUGUGUCGAUGCCCCAGGAUCCCAAGGCGGCUUUCAAAGCUGAGUGGGAAGCGCUGGAGAUCACGGAGUAUCAGUUCGCGCUGCAGAAUGUGGAGAACGAACUCAUAGAACCGUCUUCUCUAAGUUCAACCAAUUCCAUCUACCACCAGAAUAAAGAGGAUGGCUAUCCUAGAAACUAGGGAAAUAGACUCUAAAAAAUAAAUAGGCGAUUCAAGAUA